GAAAUGUCAUAACAGUGUUGCUGUUUUACUGUUUUUUUUUUUAUAAUAUUCAUUUAUUUCAUAGAUGUACCAGGGAAUGUAAACUAUAAUUUACAAUUUCAUAUAUUAUAAUUUACAUUCUCUGCUCUGGAUGUAUAUAUGUUUUAUUAACUACUAAACGUUAAACCGUAACAUGCUGUUAUUUACAACACUGUAGUAGACAUAAUUCAAUUCACCAAGUGCAUCGCAAACAUAUGCGCACAUGUCCUUCAAACGUCAAAAACAGCUGAUUCUUGUUUUGAUAAAAUAGAAAAAUGUUAAUUUUAAGAAAUUUAGGUUUUGUAACCAAAGUUACGAAAACUGAUGUCAAUUUAUUAAAUAAUGUUUCAAGAGUUGUAAGAGAGCUGCGCAGUCAAACAAGGCAACGACCUGAUAUACGUGUUUCUAAAGAGGUAGAUGAGGUUAAUACUAAGCCUAACGCACAAGUUACGUAUGACGAACAACAUGCACAAACUGGCAUUACGGAAGCAGUAAAUAAAUAUUUAAAAGAUGAACUAAGACAGAUUGAAAAUACUCAGUUAGAUGAUUCUAACGUUACCAAUAAUGAUGCUACCCAGAAGGUAAUUAAAAAUGUCAGUGCUGAAGAGGCCGAUGAUAAUGCAUUGUCCCUUGGUGAGGCUAAGGAAGAUUAUGUGCCCACUUUCAAUUUAGCAGCAUAUGUGAACAAAUCGCCAACUUUACAGCAAUUUAUACAAUUAGGCGUUGAUUUGCAUAGCAUCGAAAAACGCAAGGGUUUGGCCAAAUUUGUGUUGGGUUUAGAAUUUGAAAAGGAUGUGAAACCUUAUCUGUACUUUCUGCAAGAUCAAGGCGUGUCACCCGAUAUAUUUGGUGAAUUCAUUACCAAAAAUCCAUUGUUUUUCAAAAUAGAUUUAGAUGAUUUGCAAACACGCGUCAACUACUUGGAAUCCAAAAAUUUUACGCCCGAUCAAAGACAACGUAUAAUUACUCGCAACCCUUUCUGGCUGAUGUUCUCUACGCGACGCAUCGACCAACGACUGGGUUAUUUCCAAAAAGAAUUUCGUUUAAACGGCGAUGAUGUACGCUUUUUAUCAUCGAAACAACCCCGUCUGAUAACAUAUAAUAUGGAACACAUACGCAAAUCAUCCUUUUGUAUACGAGAAGAGAUGGGCUUUGAUAAAGACGAACUUAAAUGCUUAUUAUUGAACAAGCCACGAUUAUGGAUGAUGAACUCAGAUCUUCUCAUUGAACGUUUUGCUUUUGCCCACCAAACUAUGCAACUAUCGCAUGAUAUGUUAAUACAAUUCCCGGAAGUACUUUCAUCACGUGAAUUUCGUUUGCGACAGCGUCACGAGUUCCUUGUAACACUGGGUCGCGCACAAUAUGAUCCUGAGAAGGAUUUAUAUAUAUCUCCAAGAGAUUUGGUCAGUGGAAACGACUAUCAAUUUGUGCGAAAUGUCGCUAAGAGUGAUCUGGAAACUUACGAACUUUUCCUUAAGACGAGAUAGUUAUGUAUGCAUAUAUAAACUAAAAUAAAAUGUUAAUGUUAGUAUACAAAAA